UGGGAUAGCAUAACAGCUGUGGUUUAGGUCUUCAAUCGGCCGCAAGCUGUUGUCAUUGCGGUUCAGUAGUGGAAGAAACAGCAGAAGCAGCGGACAGACCGGUUUGCUGGGAAACGCGAAAAAAUGGCCGAUCCGAGUGACUACGGUAAAGCCCCCUUCUGGGGAAAGAAGUUCAUAAUCUUCGUAACAGGCGCUAGCGGGGGCAUAGGAAGGGCCAUAGCGGUCGGUUUCGCCAAGCACGUAGCCCCAGGCUCGCUGGUCGUCAUCACGGGCCGAAAUACGGCUGGGCUCGAGGAGACGAAGCGCUUGAUCGGCGACCACGGACGCGACGUGAAUGUCGUCGUCGAGACUUGCGAUCACGCACGAGCCUCGUUCAGGGACUACCAAGGACUUCUGCGAAGAGCUUCGACCCAAGUUGAGAGUCCGGAGAGAGUCGUGCUCGUGCACAACGCCGCGACGACCGGAGACGUCUCGCAGUACGCGGCGUCGUACGACGACGAGCGAGUGAUCGACGACUACUACCACCUCAAUUUGACUUCGGUCAUGACGCUGACCGCGGCAUUCCUCCAACACUACGGCUCCGACUCCAAGCCAUCGAGAACCGUCGUCAACGUCUCGUCGCGUGCGGCGGUCGUUGCAAUGGCUGGAGCUGCUCUCUACUGUACAGGCAAGGCGGCGAGAAACAUGUACAUGAAAGUGGUUGCUUUGGAAAACCCGUCUGUGUCUGUCCUCAACUACGCUCCCGGUCCCGUGGACACCGCCAUGUUUGCGCAGCUGAAGAGAGGAACCAAGGAAUGUGAAGAAUUGCACGACAGUAGGAUCAGGGACGGCCUACUUCUAACGCCGGAGAAGACCGCCGGUCGGCUCGUCGACAUUCUCAGGGACCACAAGUUCACGUCGGGCGACCAUAUCGGUUAUUACGAGGACCCCCAGUAGAUGGCGCUGAUGUGGAACAGAUAAGACUGCUUUUCUCGUGCAGAGAAACCGUACACCCCAUCGAAUGGUUACUACAGGCCUUGAGGCAACAGCAAUGCACGACAAAGGCAGGAUGGAAAGCGAGUGGGAUAAUUUACUGGAUCCUAGUCGAGUGCUGUAUCAGGAGGGCAUGGCAUUAAAACAUUUUACGACUCCUAA